AUGCCUUCAGAUUCAGAAAAAGCUUCAAGAAAAGAAUCACGCCGAGGAUUUGAAAAGGAAAAGAAUAACGAAAGUGUUAUUCAAUCUUCCGGAGGAAAAUUUUAUUCAAUAAUCAAGCAAACUCCUGGUGAUAUAUCUGGAUCUCCAGAAGUCUCACCUACAAUUGAACAGUCUUCAAUGGCAGCUUUUGUUGCCGGAAUAUCACCCGCUCAAAUGCAGACAAUAUUGAAGGAAAUAAAAAAAAAAAC